CGCUACUUAUCUGGAUCCCAUCUCUUUGGCCUUAGCAAGCUGUUCAAAUGGUCCCUCAGGCUUUGCUCUCCCUGCAGACUCACACCACACCCGACAUUCCUUCCUGCCUGAUCUCUCAUCUGCCCGAUGUUUUUCUCGGUCUGAUUGCUUAUCUGUCCUUGAGCCCAAGAUCUUCCUUGGAUUUCAGAAGAUUCAGGUCUUCAAAGCUUCACCUUUCACCAAAGGCAGAUGUGAAGAGCUUGAUCUCUUAUGUCGUGGCCAAGACAAAAGUGAUUAAUGGGAAAUACCAUCGUUUCUUGGGUCGUCAUUUCCCCCGCUUCUAUGUCCUGUACACAGUCUUCAUGAAAGGAUUGCAGAUGAUAUGGGCUGAUGCCAAAAAGGCUAGAAGAAUAAAGACAAAUAUGUGGAAGCACAAUAUAAAGUUUCAUCAACUUCCAUACCGGGAGAUGGAGCAUUUGAGACAGUUCCGUCGAGACGUCACCAAGUGUCUUUUCCUAGGUAUUAUUUCCAUUCCACCCUUUGCCAACUACCUGGUCUUCCUGCUAAUGUACCUGUUUCCUAGGCAGCUACUGAUCCAACAUUUCUGGACCCCAAAGCAACAAAUUGAUUUCUUAGAUAUCUAUCAUGCUCUCCGGAAGCAGUCCCACCCAGAAAUCCUUUGUUAUUUAGAAAAGGUUAUCCCUCUCGUUUCUGAUGCAGGACUCCGGGGGCAUAUGAUGGAGCUGUGCACCAAGAUACAGCAUGGUACCCACCCAGCAAUACAUGAUAUCCUGGCUCUGAGAGAGUGUUUCUCUAACCAUCCCCUGGGCAUGAAGCAACUCCAUGCUUUGCAAAUGAAAGCCUUGAGCCGAGCCAUGCUUCUCACGCCUUAUCUGCCUUCUUUCUUGUUGAGACACCGUUUAAGGACUCAUACCACUGUAAUUCACCAACUGGACAAAGCUUUGGCAAAGCUGGGGAUUGGCCAGCUGUCUCCUCAGGAGGUGAAAUCGGCUUGUUAUCUUCGUGGCCUGAAUUCUACCCAUAUUGCUGAAGAGAGGUGUCGAACUUGGCUGGGAGAGUGGCUACAGAUUUCCUGCAGCCUGAAAGAAGCUGAGCUGUCCCUCUUGCUACACAACGUGGUCCUGCUUUCCGUCAACUACACUGGGACAAGGCGCUGAGCGAACGCGGGGCGGAUGGCAUGUCCUGCGGCCACAGAGUGCAGCAGCGUGGCACCUACCCGCACCGGUCAGCCGGGGCUCUGCGUGCGCUGGUAGGUGCGCCCGAGGCGGGGGACAGGUGCUCCAGGCUUCCCAGCGCGGCCGCCGUGCUGGAGCUGGGACUGAAACAAGCCCUCUUAGCAGAGGCGGCCCGCGUGAGCUGGCGUCCCGACUUCCUCCGAGUCAGCCGGGGCGGCUGGCGGCCUCUACUGGGCCUCCAUGGUGAUGGUUUCAGUUCAGAGCCUAGGAAGGGAGCUUGUGCCCCAGGUGAAAAGCCUCAUCUGGCCCAGGGCUCACCCACUGCCGUAGUCUUGGAGCUGCGUUUUUGUUACAGUUUCUGGCUGGUGAGGGCAACGGCACUGUUGAAAUUGGAGCAUUUACGUCUAUGUGUGUACUUCGAUGCUGCCCUCAAUCCUUUUUGUGAUGACCAAAAAUAGGUUUUUGUUUUUUUGGGUUUUGUUUGUGGUCCCCUCACUGGGUUAACCACUCCCUUUCCUUUCCAAAUCUUUGACCCAUCUUUUUUUUUUUUUUUUUAAGCAAAUAUUCAUUCAUAUAUGGGAAUUUUCUAAUGGAAAAGGUGGAAGGAAACACAAGUGCUCCUUGUCCCUUCCCGCGUUUAUAGCCUUCACCCCCCUCCAUCUUAAUUCCUGCGCUGUGGUGCAGCCCCUAAGGAGCUUCAGCUCUGCUACCUCUACUGCGCUGCGGCAGGCCAGCUCUAAAGGGACAGUGGCCGCCUUCUCUGGGCCACGGAUUAAGCCUCUGAGGUACUAAUCACUGCCCCGCCUGGGAGACCGGAGAGGCCUGCAGUGUAAGUUGGGGUUAGCUUUUGUCUGUGUCCAUCAUUGACCUGUAGUAACUUACUGUAAAUGCAUGAAGCACUGUUUUAAAUCCAAGUAAAGACUGCCUGAAACCAGUUGCUGGAAAUGA